CCCGCCCCACCUGCCUCCCCCGCCCCACCUGCCUCCCCCGCCCCACCUGCCUCCCCCGCCCCACCUGCCUCCCCCGCCCCACCUGCCUCCCCCGCCCCACCUGCCUCCCCCGCCCCACCUGCCUCCCCCGCCCCACCUGCCUCCCCCGCCCCACCUGCCUCCCCCGCCCCACCUGCCUCCCCCGCCCCACCUGCCUCCCCCGCCCCACCUGCCUCCCCCGCCCCACCUGCCUCCCCCGCCCCACCUGCCUCCCCCGCCCCACCUGCCUCCCCCGCCCCACCUGCCUCCCCCGCCCCACCUGCCUCCCCCGCCCCACCUGCCUCCCCCGCCCCACCUGCCUCCCCCGCCCCACCUGCCUCCCCCGCCCCACCUCCCAUCCAUCCACUGUUCUCUCCUCCCUCCCCCUUCUCUCCCUCUCCUUCUUCCCUCUUCCCUCCCUCCCCCUUCCUUCCCUCUUCUCCCUCCCCCUUCCCUCCCUCUUCUCCCUCCCCCUUCCCUCCCUCCCCUCCCUUCCCUCCCUCUCCCUUCCCUCCCUCUCCUCCCUUCCCUCCCUCUCCCUUCCCUCCCUCUCCUCCCUCUCCCUUUCCUCCCUCUCCUCCCUCUCCCUUCCCUCCCUCUCCCUUCCCUCCCUCUCCUCCCUCCCCCUUCCCUCCCUCUCCUCCUUUCUCACCCCCU